AUGGCCGACACAACGAUCACCGAAGUCAGCAAUGACGCUGUCGCUGAAAUCGACAACGGAGCCGCACAGGCAGAAGAAGGAGACGAGCAGCAGCUCCAACCCGUCAAAAAAACCAAGAAGAUCAUUCGCCGCAAAAAGCGCCCAGCUCGCGUCCAGGUUGAUCCUUCGACUGUGAAGUCUGAACCGCCGCCUCAAACCGGUGAUAUCUUCAACAUUUGGUAUUCAGUUUGGUCCGGAGGCGAUCGCGAAGACAAAUAUGGAUUGAACAAGCCUGCGCCAGCCCGGUGCAACGUCGCGCGCGACUCAGGGUACACCAAGGCCGACAGGGUGACCGGCUCAUACUUUUGUCUAUACUUCAGCAAGGGCCAAUGCUGGAAAGGAUCAUCCUGCGAGUAUUUACAUCGCAUCCCCACGAUCCACGACAUCUUCAACCCUAAUAUUGAUGCGUUCGGUCGUGACAAGCACCAAGACUAUCGAGAUGACAUGAGUGGCAUUGGUGCGUUCACGAGAGUCAACAGGACAUUAUAUGUUGGAAGAAUUCAUGUUACAGAUGAUAUUGAGGAAGUGGUCGCCCGCCAUUUCGCAGAAUGGGGCCAGAUCGAGAGAAUUCGCGUGUUGACUGGCAAAGGUGUCGCAUUCGUUACCUACAGCAACGAAGCUAAUGCUCAAUUCGCUAUGCAAGCGAUGUCACAUCAGAGCCUGGACCAUGACGAAAUUUUAAACGUAAGAUGGGCUACCGUCGACCCGAAUCCCAUGGCGCAGAAGCGCGAGGCGCGAAGACUGGAAGAGCAGGCUGCGGAGGCAGUGCGAAGAGCCCUUCCUGCCGCAUUCGUGGCGGAGAUCGAGGGGCGCGACCCGGAGGCUAAAAAGAGGAAGAAGAUCGAAGGCACCUUUGGGUUGGAAGGCUACGAUGUGCCAGAUGAUGUGUGGCAUGCGCGCACGCGGCAGCUCGAGGAUGCGCCGGCGACUGGUCAAAUCGAGGCACCAGAGCAGCCGCUCAUGCUCGAGGCAGGAUCGGCGGGUGCUCAGGCCCAAGCAAUGCCAGAGCCCCAGGUCCAGGGCGGUAUCUUCUCAAGUGCAACUGUGGCGGCUCUGCGGGGCAUGUCUGGUGGUAAUGUGACAACCCAGGCUGCGCCGAAGAGCUCUGGUGGGCCGUUGGUCGGCUACGGAAGUGAUGACGAGAGCGAUUAG